UCGAGGAGAGAGUGCAGCUCCGUCAUCCUCUUUGCAGAGCAAUAGAGAGAGAGAGGGAGGAGGGCAGGAGAGGGAGGAGCGUAAGCCAGCAACUGAGCGAAUGAGAGACGGGGAAAGCGGAGCGGCACAACAAUAGUGGGCUGCUCUCCUGGCUGUGGACUCACAGAGACAGAGAGAGGGCUCAGAGACACAGAAAUUCUCUGUGAGCCAGCUGCAGGCAGAUUACAGCUGGACUAUACAGAAGACUCAUGGUUUGUCUUCUUGCUCCUUGUGUGCGUGACAACUUUUCUCAAAGCCACAAAAUCACUGAAAGAGCAUUUUAGGAUUUUCUGUGAUCAUUGCAUGGAAUUAAGGUGUACUUGAGGAGCCUGCUCACUGACAUCCUGGACUAUUUUUUUUGUGGUCUUAAGUCUGAUCCCUGAGGAACAUCACUGAACACUGGAACAGUUGAUUUGACCUGAGCGGAUCUGAGCAGCAGCAGGAGUUGCUGUCUACUUUGGAAUUUUACACUCAACACAAAGUGAAACUUUAUCAACCCUUUAAGGAGUACACCUCCUGGUUGUUUGUUCGAUUGUCCGAACCUUUUUUGAUUGGUGAGGGCUCGCUCCAUCCCUAAAAAAAAAAAAAAGAGCACCAGAACAUUUCCUUCUGUGACUGUGUAUGAGUGUUAGACAGAGUGUGCUCUGGGGGAUGCCUCUGGAUGUGGUGAUUGCCCCAGCGGAGGACUGUUUUUGGCCGGACCUGCAGGACACAGACAUGAGGCUGAAGAUCAGGGUCCGCAGAAUGAAGGAGGGGAGAGAGCUGCGAGGAGGUUUUGCUGCUUUCUCCUCCUGUUUCCCCGGCCUGUGUGAGGGGAAACCCGCCACUGCUCUGCCCAUGAGCUUGUCCCAGCCCUGCUUGCCAGUAGCUAAUGUUGGACCUACUCGCAUCCUGUCGCACCUCUACCUUGGCUCACAGAAGGACGUACUCAACAAGGAUCUGAUGGCUCAGAAUGGUAUCACAUACGUUCUGAAUGCUAGCAACACCUGCCCGAAGCCAGACUUCAUCAGCGAGAGCCACUUUAUGCGAAUCCCAGUUAACGACAACUACUGCGAGAAACUGCUUCCCUGGUUGGACAAAACUAAUGAAUUCAUUGACAAAGCCAAGGUGUCAAACUGCAGAGUCAUUGUGCACUGCCUGGCUGGAAUCUCGCGUUCAGCAACCAUCGCCAUCGCGUACAUCAUGAAGACAAUGGGCUUGUCAUCCGAUGAUGCCUACAGGUUUGUAAAGGAUCGUCGACCCUCCAUAUCCCCCAACUUUAACUUCCUGGGUCAGCUUCUGGAGUUUGAAAAGGGUCUGCAAUUACUGCAAGCUUUAACUUCCCCCUGUGACGACAAGUUCUCUGAAAACAACACCAAGCAAAGCUCCGAGGUUAACGGAGUCAGCGCAGGAUUUGAGAUGAACGGCCACCGCAGCAACUAUGACUCAUCUGUUCCAGAGCCACACAUCCCCGCAGAACCCAAGCUGCCAUCACCCACCUCUCUCCAGCAAGGCUUCAACGGCCUCCACCUCUCCGCAGAGAGGAUCAUGGACACUAACAGGCUUAAACGCUCCUUCUCUUUGGACAUUAAGUCUGUAUACUCCCCAAACAGUCCCCGCUGCCCCAUCAUGGCUCCUACGCACUCUGAAGACGUCCCCAAGCUGUGCAAGCUCGACAGCCCUGGAACAGGCACCUCCAAUGGUGUGUGCUCCCAGUCUCCCGUCCUAGACAGCCCCAGCCCCGCAGAUUCUCCAUUCCCCUCACCGGGCAGUGGGGGCAGCAUUGGAGGUCUCGGAGGAAGUGAAGGAAGCCAUCGCUCUGGUUCUUCCUCAUCCAGGCCCAGGAGGAAAACCAAACACUCUUCAAGUAGUUCCCCAAUCCACUCCCAACUGCACCAACCUCCACAGUCCCUCAACCUGUCGCUGGACCACAAGAGCCCCAGUCUGGACGAGAACCUGAAGGGCUCCCUUCUCCUCUCACUCCCCUCCCUGCCCACCGUGGGGUCCGGGGCCAUGUGGACCAAACACAGAGACACUGUCCAGGCCACCACUCCUGUCACUCCUGUCACCCCCACCACAGACGCCCCCUGGCACUUUGGGGCAGAGGAGGGCGGUGAGGGACGCAUGGAGUUGGGAGGAGGAGGGGUUGGAGGAGGGGAGCAGUCGUCUGUGAGGUUCGGGAGCAGCUCGGCGUAUGUGGCAUUUGGGUGCAGCGAAGGUGUGCGGUUACGAGACAAGUCCCAGAGGGAGAAGCCCUCGACAGCGCAGACACAGAGAGACCACCGGGACUCCAAGUCAUCUGGCAGUGUGAGCAACAAUGGGCCGGCGUCAGACAAGCAGUUCAAGAGGCGCAGCUGUCAGAUGGAGUUCGAGGACGGUAUCUCCGAGACGCGGUCCAGAGAAGAAUUGGGAAAAAUUGGGAAACAGUCGAGCUUCUCUGGUAGCAUGGAGAUCAUCGAGGUAUCCUGACAGAUAAUGGACAUGACUAAAGCUGUCCCUUAGUGGCUAAAUGGACCUUGUUAGAGGGAGGCUUUUUUUUUUGUCCUCCCCUCACAGACAGUGUUAAAAACUCUAACAGACGGAAGGACAAAUAGAUACGGAAGCAAAGAGCGUUCGCACUUGGACAGAGAGCAACCUUAAAACAUUCAGAAAUGAACGCACAAAUUAGAAGAAGUCAUGGGAGUUUGAGUUGAACAAACGGGGUGACUGAAGGUACUGAAACUGUUAAUUUCCUUGCUCUAUCGCGGAUGAAAAGAAUCAGCCCAGAGCAAGUGUCAUGUUGCAUCCUUACUAUGAAGAAUAUCCUUAUUUUGACAGAGUUUGGACACUGCUUGCCUGCGGUCAAACAUGGUGUGCUUCAGUGGGUGUACAGCUUGAUUCCUCUCUCUUCAUGUGUCAGAAAGCCUCAAACCUUGCACGGCUACGUCUGCCCCCCCCCCCCCCCAACCCCUUCUCCUCCCUGGUGGUUCUGCCUGCUACAGACUCUUAUUCAAAGUCAACAACAAAACCAGACCCCAUAACAGCACCGUCUCCCCACAUCCCCACAGCACAAGGCAGAGAAAUCCCAAGGACUUAAUUGAAAGGCGGUACUGUACUAAACCAUGAAUGAUCCUCAGCAUUUGGUUGCUGAAAGACUCUUAGUGAUAGGCAGUGCCCCCCGAUCCCCCCAAAGCACAGAGUGUCUUUCCUGACUUUGGCUCACUUGUUUCCAGUGUUAACAGCGUGAUGGGACUGAGGUUUGAUAAGAUCCCCCAACCCCCCACCCAUUGCUCCCAGUCACCAAGUAUGGUCUCCACUGAGCAUGCACCAGAAAGGCUGACAACAGACAGACAAAAACUAUAUAUACAAUAUGAAUAUAUAUAGCAAUUUUAAUGGACUCCUAAUGGACUUGUUUUGUUCAGUUAUAGUUUUAAUUUAUUGUAUUGGUUCAUUCUGGUAAUGAGAAAUAAUAUAAUGUUUUGUGGACUUCUUUCUUUUUUGUUUCUCUUAUGUUGAAUUAUUAUUAUUAUUAUUAUUAUUAUUAUUAUUUGCUGUAUGGUAUUUAUGAACACGCACAAACAAAUACACACAUUUAUGAAAUUCAAUCAAGCAAUAUGUGCGGUUCCUUUUGGGGAGAGUGAUGAAUGACUUUGAAUUAAAUGCACUUUUCUGCUUUCUGAUAACCAAGUUCAGCUCCCCUUCACACCCCAGUGACAUGAUACUCUAUGAGGCAAGUGUAGUGCAUACUAAUAUAAAGCCCCUAUUUUGUAUUUGCAAGAUAGUAGAGACACUCCAGCUAAGAGAUAGGUCUAUAAGAACAGGAUCUCUGUUUUGGCUUAUCUGCAGUGUUUUUUUCAUGGACCUAUCACAAUUGAGGACUCAAGUGUUCACUAAAAAGGUAGUUUUAGUGUCCACACACAUACUGAUCACUCAUAUACAGUAAAACAUCAUCUUCCAUUUUCAUGAGCUUGCAUCACAACAACGAUAUGCAAACAGACGCAGGCUCCUUAAGUUUAAGAUUCAUAGACUUGCAGAGUGUGCUCUCAGAGCAAGCAUCAAUUUCUCUUUAUCCUCAUCAUCAUCAUCGUCACACCAAAGCUGAAACGAAACAACACACACUCCAAAUACUGGGUGCACUUAUUUUCACACAUUUAAAGCUUCGGUUCUACACACAUUCUUUUGUUCAUUCUCAGGGGAUCUUUCAGUGAGCCAAGCCCAGCACAGGGUAAACCGCUGCUGGUACAUCAGCACAAUGCAUGUCCCAAAAGCUCCCUCACUUUUUCUCUUUUUUUCUUUUCUUUCUUUUUCUUAUAUUUCUUAUUUUCCAAAGCUUUGAUACAGAACAGCAUAACAAAACAGAGACAAAAAAAGAGGAUCUUCAUAAAUUGAGGUGAAAAAAUUAAAUUUUUUCUCUCCUGGUGCGAGAUGGUUAUUUAUUUAUAGCAUAAAUAUGUGUUUUUAUUUCCCUUUGACCCACAAUUAGCUUCUCUCUCUGUUGAUCUCUGACUUUGACCUCCUUUGCUGAAGAAACAGUAAGUUCAGAUAGAUUCCUGUGUCCACCCUGAGGAUCAAGCAUCCUCUCCUCUCCUCACCCUCUCUCCUAUAUUUUUAAGAAAUGUUGUUAGAAUUAUUUAUGACAUGUAACAAAGAUGAUGCAGGCUGUCCCAUUUGCUAAAUUGUUGUUAUUGAAUUAUUAUGAUAUUAUUAUUAUUAUUAUUAUCAUGUUGUGUAAAUAGCAACGCAUCUAUGAACACUGUUGAAUUUGGAUUCGUUUUUAAAAGAAAAUCCUGAUACCUUAGGCUGCUUGACGCAAAAAUACCUCAGGUUCUAUUGAAAGGCUUUUCCUUCCCCUGUACAUGUUUUGUGAAAAUGAGACAAAAAUACAGACAUGACAAAAUACAAA